AUGGGCCCCCUGAGUCCGAACCCGAACUCGUUGGGCGUGGCCACGGAGAAUAUCUCGGCACUCGAAAGGUUGGAGGCCCGCGGCGUGGGCCCCACAGUGGAAGACUGCGGGGCUGAUGACGUGGACCGUCGGAUCCGGACGUGGAUCCGACCGCUGCCGUCGAUCUCGGAGUCCGUGCAGAGUGGGUCCCGGCCGUCGAGGGAGAUGACAUCGUUGUCCACGUGGAUCUCGGUGAUGGCUGCGGCAUUCGGGCCGGGGAAUUGGGCCCGGAUUAGGAUGCACAACGACUUGUACCAUGAGGCUUUGAGUGAAGUCCCCAUACAUGGCCUUGAGCAAAGGUAUCCCCAUAACGAGCGUGUUGGGAAGCGUCGAGACGGAGAAGAUGGUGAUGAGCCAGUCGAGGCCGUGGGCCCCACGGCGGAUUAA